UGGCCCGGCUCGCGAAGCCUGCGGACGCGCCCUGGCGGCCCCGCCACACCGCCGGAGUCCAACUCCAAGCGGCGAAGGCGCUUUGAGGGAAUUGCGUCCUCGAAGGGAGACUUUUGUCACGCCUGAGGCGGGCCUGAGAUGUCUCACCUUAGUGCUCACCUGGACCUCGCUCCUUUUACAGAAGGUGAUUCUGGGCUGGCCUGUGACUUGCUCUGACCAAUGGAAUGUGCUGGAAGUGAUGCUGUGCCCUUGGGAGGCUGCGCUGUGCCGUAAAGGAGCUCAGGCUAGAUUACUGGCUGAUGAGAGGCCACGCAGAGAGGGAGAGGCCAGGCGGAGGAACCUGAGGUGCCAGAGGUGAAUGAAGCCUUCCCACCCAGCCCACCUACCGUUGGAAUGCAGGGCCUUCCCUGCUUUUGAAGAAUGGCUCCUUCCUGGCAGAGGCUGGGUUUAUAUGCCUCUCUUCUGAAAAGGCAGCUAAAUGAUGGUCCAGAUGUCAUCAAAUGGGGAAGGAGAGUGAUUCCAGGAUGUUCCAGGGGUAUUUACAGUGCUACGGGAAAGUGGACCAAAGAGUAUACGCUGCAGACAAGAAAGGAUGUGGAGAAAUGGUGGCAUCAACGAAUAAAAGAACAGGCCUCCAAAAUGUCAGAAGCUGAUAAAUCAAAGCCCAAGUUUUACGUGCUUUCCAUGUUCCCUUAUCCUUCUGGCAAGCUGCACAUGGGCCACGUGCGUGUGUACACCAUCAGCGACACCAUUGCACGCUUCCAGAAGAUGAGAGGGAUGCAGGUUAUCAAUCCCAUGGGAUGGGAUGCAUUUGGAUUACCUGCCGAAAAUGCUGCGAUCGAGAGGAAUCUACAUCCAGAAAGUUGGACACAGAGUAAUAUUAGACACAUGAGGAAACAACUUGAUCGACUGGGCCUGUGUUUCAGCUGGGAUAGGGAAAUAACCACGUGUUUACCAGAUUACUACAAAUGGACUCAGUGUCUCUUUAUUAAACUCUAUGAAGCUGGACUGGCCUAUCAAAAAGAGGCCUUGGUUAACUGGGACCCAGUGGAUCAAACAGUGCUUGCCAAUGAGCAGGUGGAUGAACAUGGCUGUUCGUGGCGUUCUGGAGCAAAGGUGGAACAGAAGUACCUCAGACAGUGGUUUAUUAAGACAACCGCUUAUGCAAAGCCCAUGCAGGACGCGCUGGCAGACCUUCCAGAAUGGUACGGAAUAAAAGGCAUGCAGGCCCACUGGAUCGGGGACUGUGUGGGCUGCCAUUUGGACUUCACGUUAAAGGUUGAUGGGCAAGUCACAGGAGAAAAGCUGAGCGCCUACACAGUCACCCCUGAGGCCGUUUACGGCACCUCCCACGUGGCCAUCUCUCCCAGCCACAGACUCUUACAUGGGCACAGCUCUCUGAAGGAAGCCUUUCAGAAGGCUCUCAUCCCUGGCAAAGAUUGCCUCACACCCGUGACGGCUGUGAGCAUGCUCACCCAGCAGGAAGUCCCUGUUGUCAUCUUGGCCAAAGCUGACUCUGAGGGCUCUCUGGAUGCAAAAAUAGGAAUUCCCAGCACCAGCUUAGAGGACACUCUCUUAGCCCAAACCCUGGGCCUGUCGUACUCUGAAGUCAUUGAAACGAUGCCAGAUGGCACGGAGAGACUGAGCAGCUCUGCGGAGUUCACAGGUAUGAACCGGCCGGAUGCAUUUCUAGCUGUGACUCAGAAAGCCCGGAGGAAGAGAGUGGGCGGAGAGGUGACAAGUGAUAAACUGAAGGACUGGCUGAUCUCUAGGCAGCGGUACUGGGGCACGCCCAUCCCCAUGGUUCACUGCCCGGCCUGCGGUCCUGUGCCCGUGCCUCUGGAGGACUUGCCUGUGACCUUGCCCAGCAUCACCUCUUUCACUGGCAAGGGAGGCUCCCCACUGGCCUCGGCUUCGGAGUGGGUGAACUGCUCCUGCCCUAGGUGCAAGGGAGCAGCCACGAGAGAGACAGACACGAUGGAUACCUUUGUUGAUUCUGCUUGGUACUACUUCAGAUAUACCGACCCUCAGAAUACUCAGAGCCCUUUCAGCACAGCGUUGGCAGAUUACUGGAUGCCUGUGGAUGUGUACAUUGGAGGGAAAGAACAUGCUGUCAUGCACUUGUUCUAUGCAAGAUUCUUUAGUCAUUUUUGCCAUGAUCAAAAAAUGGUCAAACACAGAGAGCCUUUUCAUAAACUGCUGGCCCAAGGCCUUGUCAAGGGGCAGACAUUCCGCCUACCAUCUGGACAGUAUCUACAGCGAGAGGAAGUAGAUCUCACAGGUUCUGUUCCUGUUCAUGCAAACACGAGGGAGAAGUUAGAGGUGACUUGGGAGAAGAUGAGCAAAUCCAAGCACAACGGCGUGGACCCCGAGGACGUCGUGGAGCAGUACGGCAUUGACACCAUCCGGCUGUACAUCCUUUUCGCCGCCCCUCCUGAGAAGGAUAUCUUGUGGGACGUAAAGACCGACGCCCUCCCUGGGGUGCUGAGAUGGCAGCAGCGUCUCUGGUCCUUGGCAACUCGAUUUAUCGAGGCCAGGGUUUCUGGGAAGGUUCCCAGGCCUCAGCUGUUGAGUAACGAGGAGAAAGCCGAGGCCAGGAAGCUGUGGGAGUACAAGAACUCCAUCAUCUCUCAGGUGACUGCCCAUUUCACAGAGGACUUCUCACUGAAUUCUGCGAUUUCUCAACUGAUGGGACUCAGCAAUGCCCUCUUGCAAGCUUCUCAGACAGUUGUUCUCCACAGCCCUGAGUUUGAGGAUGCUCUGUGCGCCCUGAUGGUGAUGGCUGCUCCCAUGGCCCCUCACAUAACCUCGGAGCUCUGGGCAGGCCUGGCGCUGGUGCCGAGGAAGCUGUGUACCCACUACGCCUGGGACACCAGUGUGCUGCUUCAAGCCUGGCCAGCUGUGGACCCGCAGUUCCUCCAGCAGCCCGAUGUCGUACAGAUGGCGGUUCUGAUCAACAACAAAGCCUGCGGCAAAAUCCCUGUGCCCCAGCAAGUUGCCCAAGACCAGGACAAAGUCCACGAACUGGUUCUCCAAAGUGAACUGGGUGUCAGGCUCUUACAGGGGCGAAGCAUCAAGAAGGCCUUCCUCUCCCCCCGAACCGCCCUCAUCAACUUCCUGGUGCAGGAGUGACUGCAGGGACGCUGCGGCUACCACGAGGGCUUGACGCGUCUCCUCCAGGUCUGGGAUGAAGGAAGGAGUCUGCGGCCCAGGGGCAGGGAAAAGCCAAAUGCCUUUUUUUAUAUAGAUACAUAAAUUUUAUUUAUUUAUUUAUUUAUUUAUGGCUGUGUUGGGUCUUCGUUGCAGUACGCGGGCUUCUCUUUGUCGUGGCUUCUCUUGUUGUGGAGCACGGGCUCUAUGCGUGCAGGCUUCAGUAGUUGUGGCACGUGGGCUCAGUAGUUGUGGUUUGCAGGCUCUAGAGCACAGGCUCAGUAGUUGUGGCACAUGGCCUUAGUUGCUACGCGGCAUGUGGGAAUCUUCCCGGACCAGGGCUUGAACCCAUGUCCCCUGCAUUGGCAGGCGGAUUCUUAACCACUGCACCACCAAGCCCCAAGCCCAAUGUCUUGAAUGUCUGCCUUUGUACUCUGACGGGCUGGCAUCAACAGGGUGCCUCUGAGGUGUGGCCUGGUGCAGGGGUGAAGGUGGGUGGAGGCAGAGGAGAAAUAUGAGUGAAGCGGGUUGGGGACCCUGUACCUUCCUCCACCAUUGCAGGGUGGAGGAAGCAUCUAGCCCCAUAGGAAGCCACCAGAGAGUCAGCUGGGUGGGAGCGAGAAGGUGAAUUGAAAAGCAAGUGAGGAUGAGCACGAAGCCUCUCGAGCAGCCUGGGAGCUUCUGGACCCCAGAAAUUGCACUGCCUUAGGCAGGUGUUAGGAACAUGAGGCUAAACUGAGGAGGCACAGGGGCUCAGGAGCAGCGUGGGCAGUCACUGUUGCAAUGGUGACAGAGCCUCAACAUCGUGGUGGAUUGUCUCCCGCCUUCAGGCUAGAUGGAGAAGCCAUUUGGGUCGUGUCCAAAUAUCCAUAUGAGGAAUGGACACUGGGGUGUUCGGAAGUUGCUCGGGGGAAUUCCCUGGUGGUCCAGUGGUUAGGACUUGGCGCUUUCACUGCCGUGGGCCCGGGUUCGAUCCCUGGUCAGAGAACUAAGAUCCUGUGGGCUGGCGCAGCCAAAAAAAAAAAGAAGAAGAAGAAGUUGCUCGGAAUCAAAAGGCAAGCAGGGCUAGUCUGGCUGCCAGCACUCCCACCACUUCUCAGCCCUGCCGUGCGGGCUGUUUCAACCCCAGCCCAGCUGGACUUGCCUGCCGGGCCUUCUCUGAUCCUGGUACUCAGGCUCUUGGACGAAGUACCACUUCCCACUGUGACUGGUGAGCAGCGCUUCCUAACCACUCCCUCAGGGUGUAAAAUUUGCUGUGAAGUGAAGCAGAACGGAGCUGGUUCCAGCCUCGGAUGGAACCAAUCUCGGAGCCCGCUGCAGCUCAACAGGGAGUCUGCUCAUGUGCGCCGCAGAUGGUGAUGCCGCCAUGGAUGUGGCCCCCAGAGCCAGUCAUUAGGAAGAGCAAGGCCACCGCAGGGGGUGGGACUGAUGCCACCCAGGCCUCUCCUCCUGUGCUUGAGCCACAGCAGUUGGCUGCCAGGGAGACCCUGUGUGAUUGUAUAUUAGGGUGAUCUUGGGUUUCUGUGAAGUCAGCUAUCAGGUGCUCUUACCAGAACUGGCCUAAGCCACUGAUUACUAUUUAAUAGGGGGAGGAGGAGGAGAAUCUAGCCAUUUUGUGACACUGAAAAUCUGUAUUCAUUCUCUGAUGCCUUUUUCUGAAGUAGCCUCAGAUGUGGUCCCCUGCACUUCAGCAGUUAACAGAUGACUUUUUUUAAUGGAAUAAAAUGUUUGUCAUGUA